AUGCACACUUUAGGUCUAAUUAACUUUACCGACUUUGUCUUUUCAGCCACAGACUUCCAGGUAUCAGAGGUAUCGCAUAGUGGCAAUCAAGCUUGCCUAGAACUCAUCUCAAGGAUUUGGGAGCAAGAAGCCCAUUUUGUUGCAGGAGAACAGUUUCUUAUAAUGAGUAAUGAUCAGCUUCAGAAGAUCUUCUUUGGCAAGUUUAAGCUGCACCUGCUAAGUCAAAGGAAGAAUCUUCCCAGAACAAGGCUACAGAAAUAUCCAUACACAUCAGCAACUACCAUCCAAGGUAUCUCCAAGUACCCAAUUCAAAUGACUAAACCACGGAAUUUUAAAGGUAAAAAAUUAAAAAUACAGUAAAGAGUAUGGAGGGCUAUGUUUGUUUCAUUAAAAGGACACACCCUCGUACGUGCAGACUUUUCACACAUCAAAUUGUGCAUUCUUGCACAUUUAUCUGGGGAUCCAGAACUUUUGAAGUUAUUCCAGGAGUCUGAGAGAGAUGAUGUAUUUUCUACUCUGACAUCACAGUGGAAGGAUGUUCCCGGGGACCGUGUGACCCAUAUAGACAGACAGCAAGCCAAGAAGGUGGUGUUUGCAGUGGUCUAUGGAGCAGGGAAAGAGUGCCUUGCUGCUUGCCUUGGAGUAACUGUUUGAGAAGUUGCCCAGUUUUUAGAGAGCUUUUUGCAGAAGUACAAGAACAUCAAGGACUUUGCCCAAGCAGGUGUCACCAGACAGAGAUGGACUGGGUGUGCAGUGUCCAUUAUGGGCAGAAGGAGACCCCUGCCAAGGAUCUGGGCACAGGACCAGCAGUUCCGGGCACUAGCAGAGCGACAGGCGAUUAACUUUCUAGUGCAAGGGGCAGGGGAUGUGGCUGCAGUGGCCGCAUCCCAGACCUUGACAGCCAGGCAACCCCGGAGGCCACCCACCCUAGAAGCAAGGUGGACCCCACAGCCCCUCAGACAGGAUGCUGAGAACUCCAGUUGUCCCCUCUCCUCUCCCCUGCUGCUGUCACCAACGCCAGACAGUGUGCUGGAUGUCCAAGUGCUACUGCCGCCACUCUGUGCCUACAGCUAG